UCUCCGCAAGGCCGUCGGUCCGUCCGCCCGCCCUCCCGGCGCUCCUCCGCCCUGGCCCCGCGAGCCCGGCCGCGCACGUCGCCUCCUCGGUUCCGGCCGCCGCUAGCCCGUGCCCCGCCCCCGGGCCGGCCGCCGCCGCUACUCGAGGCCGGGGAUUGGCAGUGCGCGUAGGCCGCGCCGCCGCCGCCGGAGCCGGAAUAAAGGGGCGGCCGAGAACGCAGCCGGUCGCACUCGCCCCGCGCCUGACCCCGCGGGCGGCCUGGAGCAGGGAAUCUUCCUUGGCACGGUCAGAUUCAGAAGAUUUAGCAGUUUUGGCUGCUCUGGGAGUUAACGAGAGUGGGGAUGUUGUGCUGUGGAGACCUCCAGCCUGGAACCAAUCAUCCUGGAAGGCAGAGCCCGUCUGGCAUUGCUGGCACCUUGCCUCGGAGAGCUCUCCCAUCCUGUAGGCAGAGCCUCAUAGUCUGUGUUGGUUAAUGACUUGGGCCGUCUGAUCCGUCACUCUUCCGUGCCUUGUCUGAGGUUCUGGUCCAUACCUGAUCCUGGGCAGCUUCUCUGUGGGUUGGAUCACCUUAAGUGGGAAACUGAAGCCAUUACUCUCCAAACCCUGUUUCAUCUUCCCAAGCAUGUCCGAAAGCUGGCAGCAGCCACCACAGACACAGCCACAGCAGCCACAGCCACCACAGCCUCAGCAUCAUGCAGAGCCACCUCCGGCCCUGGCUGAGCACACACUGCCCCCAGGCUCAGCGGAGAACCCCCUGGGCUGUGCCGUCUAUGGCAUCCUCCUGCAGCCAGACCCUGGCCUACAGCCCCCUCAGCAUGCGCCCCUGCAGGUGGCAGGUGAGCCAGGCCCCAAGUGCGGUGUGUGUGGUCACGACCUGGCACACCUGUCCAGCCCACAUGAGCACCAGUGCCUGGCGGGCCACGACCGCUCAUUUCAGUGCACGCAGUGUCUCAAGAUCUUCCAUCAGGCUACUGACCUGCUGGAACACCAGUGUGUGCAGGCGGAACAGAAGCCUUUUGUCUGUGGUGUCUGCAAGAUGGGCUUCUCGCUGCUCACCUCGCUGGCGCAGCACCACAGCGCGCACAGCGGCACGAGUGGCCUUGUGAAGUGUUCCAUCUGUGAGAAGACCUACAAGCCGGCUGAGGCGGCUGAGCCAGCCGCCACUGCUGCCACCUCCCUGCCCCCGGCGCCCCCGCCGGCUGCCGUUGCUCCUGCCACUGAGCAGGCCGACAAGCCCUACAGCUGCCCCAUCUGCCAGAAGCCCUUCAAGCACCUGUCGGAGCUAUCGCGGCAUGAGCGGAUCCACACUGGGGAGAAACCAUACAAGUGCACAUUGUGCGACAAGAGCUUCAGCCAGUCGUCGCACCUGGUGCACCACAAGCGCACGCACAGCUCCGAGCGGCCCUACAAGUGUGCGGUCUGCGAGAAGACCUUCAAGCACCGCUCUCACCUGGUGCGCCACAUGUACGCACACUCGGGUGAGCACCACCUGUUCCGCUGCAAUGUGUGCGAGCUGCACUUUAAGGAGUCCUCGGAGCUGCUGCAGCACCCCUGCACGCCAAGUGGGGAGCGGCCCUUCCGCUGUGGCGAGUGCCAAAAGGCCUUCAAGCGGCCAUCGGACCUGCGGCAGCACGAGCGCACACACAGUGCCGAGCGGCCCUUCAAGUGUGACCUGUGCCCCAUGGGCUUCAAGCAGCAGUACGCGCUCAUGCGGCACCGGCGCACACACAAGACGGAGGAGCCCUUUAAGUGCGGCCUGUGUGAGAAAGGCUUCGGGCAGCCUAGCCACCUGCUCUACCACCAGCACGUGCACACCCUCGAGACGCUCUUCAAGUGCCCUGUGUGCCACAAGGGCUUCGACCAGUCGGCUGAGCUGCUUCGGCACAAGUGCCUGCCAGGCGCGGCUGAGCGGCCCUUCAAGUGCCCCGUGUGCAACAAGGCCUAUAAGCGGGCGUCGGCCCUGCAGAAGCACCAGCUGGCACACUGCUCGGCGGCCGAGAAGCCCCUGCGCUGCACCCUGUGCGAGCGCCGCUUCUUCUCGUCCUCAGAGUUCGUGCAGCACCGCUGCGACCCGGCGCGCGAGAAGCCGCUCAAGUGCCCGGACUGUGAGAAGCGCUUCAAGUAUGCGUCUGACCUGCAGCGGCACCGGCGUGUGCACACGGGCGAGAAGCCCUACAAGUGCCCCAACUGCGACAAGGCCUUCAAGCAGCGGGAGCACCUCAACAAGCAUCAGGGUGUGCACGCCCGGGAGCAGCAGUUCAAGUGCGUGUGGUGUGGCGAGCGCUUCCUGGACGUGGCCCUGCUGCAGGAGCAUAGCGCCCAGCACAGUGCGGCCGCAGCUGCUGCAGAGGGCGCCUACCAGGUGGCUGCCUGCCUGCCCUGAGGGUGGCCCUGAGUGCGCCAGCGCUAGGCUCCCCCCACCAUGGUCCCCGCUCCCGGGUCCACCCAUUGAACCCUCCCCCUUCUUCCCACCCCUGUCCUCCCCGGCUCGGUGGUCUGAGGCCCUGGGCCUGAAGACAGUGGGAGUUGGGCUGUGCAGUUGCAGGGUGUGGGUGCCUGGCAUUCCUGGUUUUGGGCGGGAGGUGGUGGUUGGGUAGCCAGAUUGCUGUGGCUGAACCUGAUCCCAAAAACCUCUUUCCCUUUAUGGGAUUCCUUUUCUUGAGAGCCAUCAGCCUCCCUCGUCUCUGGGGGCAGGAAACCAGGCUGGAAGUCAAGUGGCCUCUCUUUACCCCACGGAGGAAUGGGUGCUGGCCCAACCUUCCCAAACUCUUUAGCCUAACUAGGAACCAGAUAGGUUAGGAAAGAAGACGAUGGCCUGGGACAAGGGCUGGGUCCUAUAGGUGGGCUGGAUAUAGGGCAUCCUCCUUCAGGUUGCCAUUUGAUGAAGGCCAGCUUUGUGAUGCAGUCCUGGGGACCACGAGGGCGGACGGUGAGCUGCAGGCCUCUCUGCUCCAGCUAGGGGCAAUGUGGCCUCCCGGGUUCCCACAGUGAGACAUACAGGAGAGCUGCACAGCUGUGAGCUGGGGCUGCUUGGAGAAAAUCGGCCCAGCCAGAAGGGAGGAGGCAGAGAAAUUCUCCCAUGACACACUCAGCCAGGGACAGUGCCAUCCACAGGGAAAGGACGAAAGGCAGCUUUUGUAACAUUGCUGUUCAGAAAGCACCCCUCCUACCUUUGCAGCAUGGUUCCAAGCUCUGGGGAAUGUGUUCUCAGCCAGACAGAACCACUGUAGAAGAGAUUGUUAGAUGUUAGACUACCUUGGUGCCUGGGAGGAAGCAGGGCCAAGCCCACAAUCUUACCAGUGGAUGCACACAAGUGUCUUCCCCCUUGAAUGUGUGAACCAAAGUGUCCAGGCCUGGCUUCAAAAGCUUGCCCAGCUCUAUUUCUGGGCCAAGACCAGGCCUGGGCACCCAGGGUGGGGAGGUGAAUGAAAGGACUCUGAACCACAGUACUCUCCCUAGACCAUGGUCUGGCUGCUGGCCUGGACCCCAGGGGUCUUGCACUGCCAAGAUGCCCUGGAUGACAUCCAGUGACUUCCAAGGCUGGGGUCCUUCUGGGGUCCUUCUAGGUCUAUGCCUGCCCACUGGGACUCAUGGAAUUGAGAGUGUCUGGGGUGAUAGGGAGCAGGCCAGGGAAGAGGGCUGUGAAGGGAAUCCAUAGGUGCCUGGAGUUGAGGGAACUCAACUGGCCAGUGGGGGGGGGGGCAUCCCUUGGGAAGCCCAGAGGACCUUUAUUAUUAAAAUGAUUCUUUUGAACCCAGCUGUGGCCCUGCCCUGCUCUCUUCCAGCCCUCCUUGGGCAUGGGUCUUGAAAGAAGACUUCAAUCAGUGCUCGCACCAAGGGCCCGGAGGAGCAAUGAGGCCUGCCUUGUCUCGCUCUCGCCUUGAGAAGGCUGAACAGCCCACAUCCGCCUCCUCUAUGGGACUGGACUCCCUUCCUGUGCCUGCAGAGAGGGGCUGGGCCUUCCCCUUGGUGCUGGCUCUCAGUUCACAAUGCCUCAAAAGACACGGAACCCAGGCCGACAACAGGCCCCAACUGCUAAUUUUUCCCUUUCCUUUUGCUUUCUAAAAGCAGUUGUUAUACUGUUCAUAACAUUGUAUAGUUUAAUUUCAUGUCAUUUUGGAUCUUAUAUAAAAAUGUGAAAAUUUGGAUUUUUAAAAAGAAUGACUCCAUUUUAGAUAGCCUCUUUUGAUGUUAAUAUAUAGUGAGUCCAAUGUAUGCUUUAGAAGUAAAGACAUUGACCAUCACAG